CCGCCUCUCUGCGCCUCCCGCCCCCGUGCCCGCAAGAUGGCGGCUGCCGGCAGGGCCUGGCGGUUCGCAGCGUUGUUGCCGUCCUGGCGGCUGCGGGUCCCGUGCCGUUCGUUGUACGGCGCGGCGCGGGGCGCUGCUGCUGCCGGCGGGGGCCGCCUGCUGCUGGGCACUGCCUUCGCGCUGGGCGGCGGUGCCGGUCUGUGCCUGGCGGCGCGGCAGCGCCUGAGGGAGCACUCGGCCGCGGAGCUGCCUGCAGGGAACCUGCAGCUUACCCUCUACCAAUAUAAAACCUGUCCUUUCUGCAGUAAAGUCCGAGCUUUUCUGGAUUAUCAUGGGCUGCCUUAUGAAAUUGUGGAAGUAAACCCAAUAAUGAGGAAAGAGAUCAAAUUCUCCUCCUACAGAAAGGUGCCUAUCCUGCUAGCUGAUGCUGGAAGCCCUCUGCAGUUGAAUGACUCUUCGGUGAUCAUCAGUGCAAUAAAGACCUAUCUCAUUUCCAAGAGGAAUAGCCUAGAAGAAAUUGUGUCCUUUUAUCCUCCCAUGAAAACUGUGACUGAGCAAGGCAAGGAGGUACUUGAGUAUGGAAAUAAAUACUGGCUCAUGCUGGAUGAGAAGGAGACAAAGCGAGUCUAUCCUGUCAAAGAAGUGAGAGUGGAAGAAAUGCAGUGGAGAAAAUGGGCAGAUGAUUGGCUUGUUCACCUCAUCUCCCCCAAUGUUUACCGCACCCCCAAAGAAGCCUUGGCAUCCUUUGAUUACAUCGUCCGCGAGGGGAAGUUUGGCACCGUGGAAGGUUUCUUUGCCAAGUACUUGGGGGCCGUUGCCAUGUUCUUCAUUAGCAAGAGACUGAAGAAAAGGCAUCAGCUUCGCGAUGAUGUCCGCGAAGACUUGUACGAGGCAGUUGAUAAGUGGGUGAAAGCCAUUGGCAAGAACAGGCUGUUCAUGGGUGGAAGCCAGCCAAACCUUGCUGACUUGGCAGUGUACGGAGUGCUGCGGGUCAUGGAGGGGCUGGAAGCCUUUGACGACAUGAUGUUCCACACCAAGAUUCAGCCUUGGUACCAGCGCAUGGAAGAAGCCAUUCAAAGAGCUGCAGCCUGAUGUCAACUACAGCCUCCUUCCUGAAGUACUUGCAUGGGGGGAAAAAAAAAACUUGAGGAAUGGUUUUUAUUUUUUAAAGAGUUGAUGGACUGAUCACACAUCGUGAACUGACAUGCAGGCACAGAAACUGUCCUGUUCAGGGUUCUGAGUUUCUGCAAGCAGAGGGAUCCUGCAGUGCGUAAGUGUAAAUGAGAUAUUUAGAAGGAUGGGGACAGGUGGAAGGAAGGUGUUUAGGGCACUGCUGGAAGGAAGAAGCUCGGACUGAACUGAAGAAGCACUGAGCAGGGUUCUUUCAGGUGAGAGCUGUGCUCAGAGCACAUUACUGUAAGAGCAAGCUGCUUUCUUGGCUAGGGAGUGUUACAGCUGGAUCCAGUCUGAUAGUUCUGAGCGGCUUUUGCUUCAAGCUGUCUUCCUCCAUUCAUCCACACGUCUUUUCCUGACUGAGACACUGGAUGCUAGAUUUUUAAAUAAGUUUUUCUGCAAUAGAAUUUCGUAAACCCAGCGCUGUGGGAGCUGGGGGAGAGUCCCCAGUUCUGGGAAAGGAGCCCUUCCUCUGGGACGUGCUGUGCUGAUGGGCUGUGAGCUUUGCCACGUGAACGGUUCUUUUGAUGAUCCUGUAUGGUGUGCGAGGAUAAAAGCUGCUCUGACGGGA